AUGUUUUACUAUGGGGUUGCUUUGCUCAAGAACUGGUUGCAUGCUUAUCUGUUGGCAGAAUACCAGCAGGAAUCCCAGCAUCUGACCUCAUGUGAGCUGAAGAGAGGAGCCUCUCAGAAAAUCAACUCGUACAUUCCUCAAUGUACCCAAGAUGGCAAGUACAGGAAUGUGCAAUGUACAAAGGAUGGACGAUCCUGCUGGUGUGUCAACAACGAGGGUGAUGUCAUGUCAGGUAGCAAUCAAACUACAUCAGUAACUGCCUGCUUGUCCUUCUGCCAGCUCCAUCGCCAGCAGCUUCUGGUGAACAGGUACAUUAACAGCAGCAGUACCUCCUAUAUCCCACAAUGCACACAAACAGGGGAGUACGAGGUUGUGCAGUGUGACACUGAUCCUGGACAGUGCUGGUGUGUCGACAGUGACGGGAUGGAGAUUUAUGGGACACGCCAAGACAAGGUCCCAGUGCAGUGUCCUACAAGCUGUGAGAUUCGAGACCGGCGAGUUCUCCAUGGUCCUGGGGUGAGGUCACCACCCCAGUGUUCCAAAGAUGGAAAAUUUUUACCCGUCCAGUGCAGGUUUGUUAACACAACAGAUAUGAUGGUCUUCGACUUAGUCAAUAACUUCAACAGGUUCCCAGAUGCAUUCCACACAUUCAGUGCCUUCAGGAGGAGUUUUGCUGAGGUUUCUGCUUACUGUUAUUGUGCUGACAGCUUGGGACGGGAGCUUCAGGGCACAGCUCUGGAAUUGUUAUUGGAUGAAAUCUAUGACACUACCUUCGCUGACUCACAGCUUGGGCACUCGUUUACAGACACUGGCAUUUAUCGGAUUUUGCAGCGACGGUUCCUUGCUGUGCGACUGCUGAUCACUGGCAGAUUUAGAUGCCCAACAAAAUGUGAAAUUGAGAGGUUUACAGCUUCCUCAUUUGGCAAUGUCUUCACUCCCUUAUGUGACGCCAAUGGAAACUACCUGCUAGUCCAGUGUCAGGCCGGGGGUCAGUGCUGGUGCACAGAUUCCAAUGGACAAGAGAUCUCUGGAACAAGGCAGCAAGGAGGAGUACCUGAUUGUGGGAAUGGUGCAAGUGACUGUAAAUCAGAGAGAAAACGCAUUCUGUCACGACUUUUCUAUGGACCUAUUGGUCACUUCAGUCAAAACAAUGUCUUUGCUGUACCUACACCUGUGAGCCCAACAUUGGAAAGGAUUGGUGAAACUCUCGGCCACUGCAGCCCAGACCUGAAGCAGCUGUUUGUAAAAUCUGGAUUGCUGCUUUCCAUCCCUGAUGUUGUGGCCCUGAACAUUGGCCGGGCUGACUUAGAUGUGAUUCUCAGCGAGUUUGUGCAAGGGACGUUGUUAUCCAAGGACUUAGCACUGACUGCUCUUCAGUUUUCUGCACGUCCCAAAUUCUUUGUUGAAAAUUUGUUUGGAGGCAAAUUUCUGAAAAACCUGGGCCAAUUCAAUUUCACUGGGAGUCUGGGGAAUGGGGGGACCUUUAAUUUUAGCCAGUUCUUCCAGCAGAUUGGCUUAACAGGAAUGUACAGUGGAAGGAACUUUGUAGAACUUGCCAAAUUGUUUUCCCCCAUUGGAGACUCCUACUUCUCCAAAGAAACAUCAGAAUUUUCCAAGGACAAUUUCAACUUGAACCAGACAAUUGAGGACAACAUUGGGCGACCAGUAAAUUUACAGGAGAACCAGAAUAUUGUAAAGCUUAUAAUGUCUCUGUUUGAGCAUCGGAAUGUCAUUACAACAUUGCAUGAAAUCAUCAGCCUGUUUGGUACAGAGGAUGAUAGCUUAGCUGAAACAGUCCGGCUGGUUUUAAGAAGUACCAGAGUUGGUAUCUGUGACCGUCAGACAUCAAACCUCUUUGUUGCAAGGUGCACUGGAGAUGGAUGGUAUGAAGAAGUCCAGUGUCAAGGCACAGACUGCUGGUGUGUGGAUGGUCAAGGAGUGGAGGUUCCAAACUCAAGAAUCCAGGGUCAAAGGCCACAAUGUCCCACCAAGUGUGAGCAAGAACGUACAAGUUCAAUAGACUUGAAAAGACGCCAAUCAGCAGGAUCUGACAUGUUUGUUCCUUCAUGUGGAGAUGAUGGUGGUUUUCAGUCCAUGCAAUGUGAUGGAAUGAACUGCAUCUGUGUGGAUCUGCAGGGCAAGCAUGUACCUGAAAUACGGAAAUCAGCUGGAGGAAACAUGCAGUGUCCCAGUGUUUGCCAAUUGUCUGCAGCUGAGAAGUUUAUAAAGGCAAUUGAAAUGCUGCUGUCAGAACCAAACUCAUUCUCGGGGCCUGCAGUCUACAUAGCUCAGUGCAAGGACAAUGGAGACUGGCGCCAAGUUCAGUGUGAUGGCCCGCCACAACAGGCCAUUGAAUUUUAUCAACAGUGGAUUUCUCAGAAUCAUGGAGGCCAGGAGCUGCCAUUCACUGCAAUCUUAAAAGAGGUCCUUGGAUAUCGCAGGUCAUCUCAAGCUUCCAAGAGUUUUGAGAUGUUUGUCAAGGAACUCUAUGACAAGGAGCAUCAGCAUGUCUUUUCUGUGUUCUCUAGACAUCCAACAUUCGAUUCUAUCUCUGCUGAUGAUUUUGCAGCAAUUGUCACAUCUGAACCGGGCACCAAUAUCUUGCUGAACCCCUAUGUGUUUUGGAAGCUGUUGUUUGGUACCAUAAUGCACUAUCCUGGUUCAUACUCUGAUUUCAAUGUGAAACUAGAUAACUUGGAGCUGCGGAGAUGCUGGUGUGUUGAUGAUAAAGGACAAGAGCUGCCAGGGACUAAAACUGAAAAAAGUCGAUUUCUACAAUGUCCAGGACCAUGUGAUCGUGCUGCUCAGCAAGUCUUUCAGUUCAUUGGUCAAGCAGAGGAACUGUUCAUGCCCUCCAAGAAUUCCAAUAUUUCCUUUACCCAAGGUUUCUUAUUGGCUAAUGGUAUACAACUGUCUGAGAAUGAACUGUUUCAGUCUUCUGGAACAUUCCAAACUGGUCCUUCUUUUUCUGAAACUUUGUUGAGUGGAUCUGACUAUGCUGUUCGAUGGGCUGCCCAGUCCAUCACUUGUGUAUCAAGCUCUUGUUCCAUGUCCUACCUUAGUUUGCUAAUGAGAUACUUCCAAACAGCUCUGCGUUUCAACAGGAGAAAUCAAUUGCUCAAGGAAGGGAUUCUUAGUGAGUUGGCUCUGAAAGGUUACAGCCCCUACAUCCCUCAAUGUGAUGGCUUUGGAAAUUGGGAACCAACUCAAUGCUACGAGAGUACUGGCCACUGUUGGUGUGUGGAUGAGACUGGAAGCUAUAUUCCUGGUUCACUGGUUCAUCGCUUGACCCAGAUACCUCAAUGUCAGACACCAUGCCAGCGUUCUCAGACAAAUGCAGCUCUGGCUGGAUGGAAGCAUGUGGGUUUCCAGCUUAACAUAUCUACCAGGGAUUUAUUCAAUCCAACUUGUUCUGAGACUGGAGAAUACAAUAUCUUGCAGUGGUCAAACUCUGGCGAUGGUAAAGCUUGGUGCAUUGACCCAGUGACAGGGAAAGCUUUUCAACUGGCUGUAACUGGUUCAGAUGGGCAGCCACAGUGUCCAAGCAGAUGUGGAAUUCUGAAAAAACAAGUGAUACAACAGGAAGUGGGUAUAGGGUACAUUCCAGAUUGUGAAGAAUUUGAUGGUUCCUUCUCAGCUGUGCAGUGUGAUCAGGACAAAGGAAAGUGCUGGUGUGUCUUUACAAAUGGAGAAAGGAUCCCUGAAACACAAGUCAACAUAACAACUGGAUCAAAACCUGCUUGCAAACGCCCACAGUGUGCAUUACCCUUCGAUGCCCUUGCUGUAUCAGAUGGCAUUGUUUUAUGUAAUGAUUUGCCCAGUGGUCAGUCUCUGCAGCAUUGCCAGCUGAUGUGUCGUCAAGGAUAUCAUAAUGCAUUUGAUGGGGGAAGGUUUGUGUGCAACAUACAGAACGGUAUGUGGAUGACCGAAUCCCCACAUCCAGAGGCCUGCCAGAAAAUCAACCUAUUUCAAGUGGCUAAGGCCCAGAGACAGUUUCGACUUCUGUUACCUUCUGGAAAAGCAUGCAAUAAUGAUUAUUCAGGAUUACUGAAGGCAUUUAAAACCUUCAUUGCUGAUGAUCUGAGGGCUAGAGGAUUAUGUCACAUUCAGGUGACUGUCCCUGGGGAAACAUUGUUAAUCCCAGCCUGUGAUGACUCGACUGUGUCAGUUGGAUGUUUGAGCAUCGACCACUUAGGAGUAAAUGUUACUUGGAAAGUGCAGCUUAGGGAUAUCCCAGUAUCCUUUCUUCCUGACCUGCGUGACAUAGAAAAUACUCUGUUGGGGGAGGGACUGAUUGAACGUUUCACUGAGCUGAUUAACAGCGGAAACUACCACUUCACUCUGGAUUCCAAGCAGUUUCCAGCAGACGUUUUCACCGAUUUUCCCACAGACCAAAGCCAUGACUUUUCACCCUCUGUUCAUUUUGGAUGCAGUGAUGGCUACACAAGGAUUCCAGAUACUCAGAAAGGUGGUCACAAUGCUGGUGGGUGCGUUGUGUGCCCAGCUGGCAGCUUUUCUCAGGGUGGCAGCUGUAUUCUGUGUUCACAUGGAUUUUAUCAGGAAGCCACAGAAAGCUUCAAGUGCAGCAAAUGCCCAGCAGGAAAAAAGACGCUAUCUCCUGGAGCUUUUUCAGCCCACCUCUGUUUAACAGAGUGUGAAACCAGUCCCUGGGAUUCAAAAUGUGACCCACAAGGACAGUAUAGAGCAGCUCAGCAAGAUGCCAACGCUCAAAUAUCUUUCUGUGUCACCGCGAAUGGAGAGCGAUUAUCUUGGAGUGAAACCAAAGGAACUCUCACUGAGUCAGAUUGUACUGUAUUCCGACAGUUUGACAGCAUCAAUCGAGCCCAGCUGAUUCUGAAUUCUGAAGACACAGAAAUCAUCAAAGUAUUCAGAGCACACGCUAAUCGUCAGAGGCAGCUUCUGGAUUGUCUCACAGAAUGCUCUAGAAAUGAGAUGUGUAACUUCCUAACAUUAUUCAGCAAAGGAGAGCUGUUCCACUGUGAACUUUAUAAUAGCUCAGAAUCCAAUUUGCUCUGCAAAACCUUUGGACAGAGUCAAGGAUUCCUGGGGAAUUCAGCUACAGCCAAGUAUGAAGGGAUUAGUUGCCAGCUCAGAAUCAGCGGCAGUGGUGAGGGGAAUCUCAGUGUCUACAGGAAGAAAGGUCAUGAAUUCACCACAUCAUUUCGCAAGACCUUCAUGCGGACAGAUUUUCGCAAUGUGAUUACAGGCGUGUACCAGGCAAUGGCUUUUUCUGCAGGUGGUUCAAGCUUAACAGAUGUACAUCAUUUCUGCAGACAGACCUGUGGCAAGGAGCAUUGCUGUGAUGGCUUCAUGUUGAGCCAGAUAACAAUUGACGGAGGUACUCUCCUCUGUGGUCUGAUCGGUUAUCCAGAUGUUCUGCUUUGCAACGAUAAUGACUGGCAGGCAAUAUCACUGCUUGGUGGAGAGGGUGUUUGCAGAGGUGUGAAGUCCAACACAGAGAAGAAAACAUUCACGUUCAGCUUUGGAGGACUGGACUUCAUUGGCUCUUAUGCACUCUUAUCAAAGAGUUUCGUGGAUGCGGAGUACUCAACUGAACUGACUGCAGAUGUGAAGGAAGAAAUUCAGAGAUCUUUUAAUCGUUUCCAGCGGAUCUAUCUAUGGCAGGAUUCCAACAUGAACACACGGCUGAAGUCAGCCCCUGAUUGUACUGGAGAAGAUCCCCAGGAUCAACAGACACUACCUGUACCAGAAACCACCAGGGAACUUUUCUCACGAAUGGACUCCAAGCUUGUCCAAGUAGAUCUCAACCAGUCUGUUCCAAACAAACGUUACCAGCUCUUCAAGCAUCAGUUUCCAACUGCACAGGCGGAACUGUGGUGUCUGGCACGUUGCACAGAGGAGAAUUUUUGCAAAGUGGCAACUUUAAGGGUCAGUGAGGCCCUGCAUUUUGAAUGUGUACUGUAUCCAGACACGCAACUUUGCCGAGCAAGUAAUGACCCUAAUUUCCCUGCAAUGAACUGUGGCCUUGUGCUACCUGAAGAACCAAAAAUAUUGUUCAGGAAGAAGGAUGUGCUAGGAGGAAGUGUGAAAAAUUUCUAUAGCCACUUGCCAUUUCGUGAGCUGUGGGGAAUCUCGAUAAGGAACAGGCUGAAUGUUACUGCAAGAGGGAUCCAAGCUGGGUUCUUUGAAUGUGAACGUUUGUGCGAUGAAGAUUCCUGUUGCAAAGGAUUUGGAUUUCUGAAAGAUUCACGAAUACCAGGUAUUGAAUAUUUGGGGAUAACAUGCCUGACACUCAGUAGUCUUGGAGUGCAGUCCUGCAGUGAGGAAGUUCAGAGCUGGCGUAUCCUGGACUGUGAGUCAGCUGAUGUGGACACAUUGACCUAUCCAUUUGGGUGGUACCAGAAGCCUGGUUUUUUGAUCCGGACAUUGCCAGGAUCUUGCUUCGGAUACCAGGAAGUAGGCUUCGUAGUCUUGAGUACGUUAAUGGCAAGUUAUAUUAACUGCAAGUCUUUAUUAACAACUCAUAACUAUAUACAUAUAUAUAGUAGGUCAGACUUGUCCAUCCUUUUUGCGUUGGGAGGGGCCACAUUUCAAAUUAUCUCACAUUCAGGGGUGCCGAUGACCAAAUUUCAGAAAGUGUCACUGAAUAACUGGUACAUCCUCAAGGUGUCUCCGGACCUCGAUCCCACAAUAACGUCCUUUGACGUUUUACACAUUGAUAGCGAUACUUCUGUGAUGACUAAAGAUUUCAGGAACAAUGCCAGAGACUGGUGCCUGUCAGCAUGUGUUUCUAGCCGGGCUUGUGUCACAGUUUCUCUUCAGCCUCAGCCGACGGGGGUCCGAUGCCUCUUUUACCCUGACACCCAAAGCUGCCGACCUGGACUGCAAGGCCACGACUGUCAAAUCCUGCUCAAGGAAGCAGCAGAAGAGGUCUACUAUAAGAAGGCUAUAGGAGGGUCUUGCACUGGUCGCUGUGGGAAGUACCAACCUGACGAAGCCUGUCAAUGUAAUUUGAAAUGUGAGGAUUACGCGGAUUGCUGCCCUGACAUUCAUACCUGUGCUGACCAUUCCUUAUCAGAAACCCAACCCCAAUUGACCUCCAUUUUCCUUCCGGGUCAUGGAAUCUUGUUUGGAGAAUCUCAAGAGACCCAGGUUGGUGUGGAAUGGAAGACUAUAAAUCAUUUCUUGGGUGUACCGUACGCAGCUCCCCCCACUGGCAAAGGCCGGUUCAAAGCCCCAGCAACCUUUAAUUGGACUGGAGAAUGGAAUGCUACUUUCUACAGGCCCAGCUGCCUACAACCAGGAGAUGCAAAGGCCGUUUACUCCACUGUAGAUGAAGAUUGUCUCUACCUAAAUAUAUUUGUUCCCAAGAGCAUUGCUGGGAACAAUUCCGUGCUGGUCUUCUUCCACAACAGUGCCACAGAUUAUAGAGGAGAGCGGCAGACAAACAUUGAUGGGUCCUACCUGGCAUCUAUUGGAAACAUCCUAGUUGUGAUUGCAAACUAUAGGGUCGGAGUGUUUGGAUUCCUAAGUGAUGACACUGAGGUGAUGACUGGCAACUGGGGCCUGUUGGAUCAGUUGGCUGUGUUACAGUGGCUGCAGAGAAACAUUGGUUACUUUGGAGGAUCUCCGUCUCAGAUCACAAUUGCUGCGGACCGCAGUGGAGCUGACAUCACCAGCUUGAACCUCAUCGCUACAUCUGGCACCAGACUUUUCAAAAGAGCCAUGCUGCUGGGAGGAUCAGCUUUGUCGCCGAAUGCUAUGAUGAGUAAGAAGAGAGCACAGGAGCAAAUAAUCAACCUGGCUGAAGAAGUUAGCUGUCCAACAUUUAACAAAACAGCCCUUUUAUCCUGCCUCCGUGCUUUACCUGCACUAACCCUGAACACCGCACAGACCAAGCUAUUAGCUGUCAGUGGACCAUUCCAAUCAUGGGCUCCCAUAGUUGAUGGGAUUUACCUGCAGGAAACCCCCCUUGCAGCCCUAAGCAGUGGCCGGUAUCACAAGGUGGACGUGCUGAUUGGGAGUUCGGAGGAGGAUGGGCUUGUUAGAAGAGCAAAAGCGAUCAAGAAGUUUGAAGAACCUUCUGCAAAAUCCGAGAGUAAAACAGCUUUCUAUCAAGCUCUUCAGAAUGCGCUGGGAGGAGAAACAUCAAACUCACUCAUCAAGGAUGCAGUGACUUGGUUUUACUCACUACAGCAUUCGCUGGCUGACUACUCUGCCUUCUCUAGGGCUUUGGAGAAUGCCACACGGGACUAUUUCAUCAUCUGUCCUGUUGUAAAGAUGGCUGCUCACUGGGCCAACAGCACACAAGUCAAUAUCUUUAUGUACCACGUACCAGGAAGUCUUUCUCAGCACAGUGCAAGUCUUCCCUCAGAUGUGCAGUUCAUUUUCGGGCUGCCCCUCCACCCAGGGUCAGAGCAGCUGUUCACAAUGCAGGAACGGAGGCUGUCGCUCACAAUCAUCCAGUACAUGGCCAACUUUGUCAGGUCGGGCAACCCCAAUUAUCCUUAUACCUUCUCCAGACACUCCACAAGUGAGACCCUCCCUCCAUGGCCCAGCUUCUUAGACAGCACCGACGGCAGUAAUUACAAGGAAUUUGCAUCUGCCUUGAAAAACAAAAAAGGAUUGAAAACAACAGAGUGCUCCUUCUGGAAUGAUUAUGUCGAGAUAUUCCUAGCAUCCACAGACAAUGUCACUAAGAAUGAACUGAGCAGAGAUCAACAUGAAUCAGUGCCCCAGUCACCAGUCACACAAGCACAACCACAGCAAGCAAAGGAAGUUUAUAAUUAAAGUGACAAUGCCUCCAUUUCAGAUGGUUUCAAUCACUAAUUUAGGCUUGCCUUGAAGACUUUUAAAGUAACUUGUAGAAAAGAGAAUAGAAAAUAUAAAAAUAAAUCAUUCAUCAUUAAAAUCUGUGGUUACUGUAUGGAUCCUUUGUCAAGGUAUCAACACCAACCUCAAUUGCAUAACGUCAACAAACCUAGCAUUGCUGAGCUUACUCAGUAAGUGGCUUAUUAAUUCUUUAGAUUCCCUUGUGCGAAGAAACAGAUGUUUAAAAAGUAUUCGCUGUUUGAUAGUUUCUGAAGAUGAGAAUAAAAGACUGUAAACCAA